UAUAUGAAAAACUAUUCUCAGAUGGUUCCCACCAAUUUUCAAAACGAUACGACGCACCAAACAAAAGUUGCAGCAAAAAACGGUGCAGUCCAACUUUUUCUGGCAUCACUGGACUUUUUGUUUGAUGACUAGUGUAGUAGUGUUUCAAAGUGUUCACUGUUCAGACCUUCCAGUGUAUGUGUCGACCAAUGUCGCGAUAAGAAACAGUUGAUUUAAGUUCUUCUGUAUUCAAACUUAAAUCCUUUGUGACAGACGUCUUCUUAGUAAUAAAGUAUUAAAUAAAGAGAGGAUGAAAUGUUCUCAAUCAGUUGAAAGAGUCUGUGCUGCCAUGCAGCCAUCAUUCCUGGGGCUGAAAUCUACAAGAUGAAAUGGUCUCAAAUCAGUAGAAAGAGUCUGUGCCGCCAUCCUGCCAUCAUUACUGAGGCUGAAAUCUGCAGGGUUUAGCUUUGCCCUACAACUUAAAAAUGAUUCCAUUUUAUUUGGAACGUUCAGACUUCAAUUGCUGGUAUACCCUCACUCACACACAAGAUAAUCAAGUUCUCCGGGACCCGCCCACGUCAAAGGAGAUCCUCAAUAUUUCUGUGACAACAGGAUCCCUUGAGAUUCCAUCCUUUUCUCAGCAUACGACCGGAAUGGAUAUCCUUUGCCAGCUUAUGGGGUCGUGAGGGCCUCACUUGCUCCCCCAUCACGCCACUCAUCUGGGAAAUGAACAACAGCAGCCAUCAACCCCAUCCAGACAACGUUGUUCUCGACAAGGACGGACACGUGUACAACCCCAUCGAUCUCGACGACAACUUCCUCAUCGUCACGAAAUUCGUCUGCUGCUCCAUCGGCAUACCUCUCAACGUGACGAUAGCGUUCACCAUUAUCCACCGCCGGCGCUUGCACAGGAAACCGCGCAACAUUUUCCUGCUGGGCAUCAUCUUCUCCUACUUGACGUUUUUCGUUCCGUCCGUCAUCAAAUUGAUUUACUGGGGACUCUAUCCCAUCGAAUCGGUUUGCCACGGUUACGUCGCCGUCGUCGGCGUCCCGCAGGGUCUCGUUUUAUUGAACAUGAUCCUGGCCCUGAUUGACAGGUAUUUGGCCAUCAACCGCCCGCUGUUGCACAGGGACAAAAUGACGGUGCGCUUGGCGACUAUCACCGUUAUCGUCAGCUCCUUGUUUGUUAUCCUGCUCCUGAAAUUCCUUUUCCUAGCCAGGAUUAUCGCUCCUCUCCGCUGCGAGGUCUGCCUCCUCCACGUCAAAAUCGUUUUGAUCAUCUUGUCCGUCUUGUCCGUCGCCUGCACCGUCAUGAAUUUCAUCGUCUACCAGCAAACGAAAGCUCUGCUCGCCGAAUCUCGCCGGCUCACCUCGGCGACGACCAACAAAACGAUUGACAACGACGUCCAGGCGGAAUGGGUCGAAUUGGGGAUCGCCGGAAUCGAAUCGCAGAACUUUAGGGCCUCGUCCGGAAGUAGUUCGUUGAACGAUCAUUCCUCCCAGGUCAAGUCCAUGUCCAUCCACGUGGAUAAGACGAGAAUCAGUCAGAUCGAACUGGAGGCCACUCGCACUCUGAUUACCGGAGUCACGUCGCUCAUUGUUACGGCUUUACCUCCGACCGUAUUCGUGUCGGUUUUCCUGGGCUGCCAGCUCGUCCUUGGCGGAAUGGAGUGCAGCAGUCUCAAUUGGUUGUCGCCCUACAUGAUCGAAUUGGGAGUGAUUCACGCCGUUUACAAUCCGCUGAUAUUUAUCGCCAGGAACAAGGAAUUGAGAACGGCUCUAACGUGUCAAAUGUACAAAGGCUAAAUAACUGGGGAGCGUUUAAUUCGACAAAAACAAAAAAGGAAUCGCCGUCUAUUAUAUUUGAGGAGAAUUAAAUAUUCCAUUGUUCUUUUUCUAACGCACAGGAUGUAAUUUGCAACCUAUAUUUUUGUGAUUUACUGUUUAAUGUGAUAAAUUGGUCGCUUAUUAUCUCUGCGUGUUUGGAUUUGAGCGCUCAAAUGUCGUUUGUAUUCAAAACGAGACGUUGGUCGCCAACGGUUACUAAAUGUACACUGUAUCCUGUACAAAGGAAUAAAACAGCGUCAUUUGGCCGAGCAACCGUUUAUGUAGCUAAUACUCUAAUGACGUCAAUUGGGGCCUGUCGAUGACAUAGUAGGAAAUGGCGUGGGUGAUUUUUUUUAGUAGCCUAGACAAUUUGUAUCUAAUUAUUUGGUUAUCAUCCGAGCUAUAGGAAUCUCGGACAAUUUAGUGCUUAACUAAUUCGAGUGGAAAUGUGACGAAAUUCUGGUUGUCAAGUAAGUUUCAUACAAGACCCGUACGUUACCUGGAAUAGCCGAUCCUUCUUGGAGGAAAAGUGGCCAACAUAAGUUUCUAAUCUCUCCGAUCCGGACGAUGUCAUGGGAGUCGCAAUCUACAGGCUGUUACCAAGGACAUGGUAUCCGGAAACGUACCAGAUGUUGCUGGACCGAAACAGCUGCUGCCCGGGCUACACAAACUGUACGGAUUCACUCUGCCAAGGCUGUAUAAUCUCUUCUCUCCAUAGGCCAUCACUCCUUCAGCUAGAAAUGUACAAGAAUUGUUUAUUGAGCUGGUUAUAACGGUGGAUAAAUUCGGGAGCAAGAGUCC